AUGGGCAGUCGCGAGGGGUACGGCAGCGGCGGCGAGCUUCCGUUCAUGUCCUCCCGCGCCCGCUCGCAGCGCCGCGAUCUCGAUUCGUGCUCCUUCCUCGAACCUGGGUGGGUUGCGGGGAACGAGUUCUCUCGCCGUCCGUCACUGCUGAAUGACAACCUGGAAAGCGGCCGCCCCAGCCAUGAGUUUGCUCGACGGCCGUCGCUUCUCAGUGAUAACAUGGACCCCUUCCGAUCCAGUGCGCGAGGGGGUCCGUCCUUGUCGUCACUGACGGGGUCGUCACUGGACCCAGUGGACGCGGCUCUCUCACAGCCCGCCCUCUCAGCGCACCCCAUGCGUGCACCCACGCCCCUCGAUGCCGCCGCCGCUGGCGUCUCAGGCACAGGCGUUGCCGCCGCCACGCGCUCUGUGGAGCGUUACAUGUCGUACCUCUCUGGAGCCUCCUCCCGCCGCCCUGCCGCCUAUGCGCCACCCUCGGCCCUCGCCAUUCCGUCUGUUGCCGCACCCUCUGGAAACGCGCUCAGUCCAACGAGUGAGCCCGAAGGCAACAUGCGGCGCCACCGCAGCAGGCGCAGGGCCAUGCAGGAGGACAGGCUGGGCCACCUCGCUGGCAGAACGCACAUGCAGCACUCGCGGUCGGCCAACGCGUGUGAGCGCGGGUUCAUGAGUGGCGGCGAGGGGGGUCCAGGGCGGUACGAGCGCAUGUCCAUGCUCAGCGGCGCUGUGAGCGAGUCCGAGGGCGCUGUUGCCAUGACCACCCGCGCUGCCGCCUACCUCAUGCGCCACACUCCCCCCUCCGGCAGCGUUGAAACCAGUCCUGAGGCAGCGCAGGCAUACCGGUCACGGUCGGACAAGAGGAUGGGGUCGGCAGCUGCAGCAGCCGUGGCAGCUGUGAGCUCGGGCUACGACUCGCCCACCCCGCCCUCCUCUGCUGCUACACUCGCUGCAGGGGCAGGGGGGAUGGGUGCAAUGGGGGGAAUGCAGGCAGCGGCGAUGGGAGGACCAGUGCCGCCAGGUGCAGGAAGGUCGGAUGGCAGUAUGUCGGACCACUUGUUCAUGUCAGCGCGAACCAGGGCGUCCCUGGCGCCCAUGAACAGACGCUCCUUCGACAACUCCUCCUCCCACAGUCAAUACCGGCGCAACACUGUAGGGUCAGAUGUUGAGGACUCCAGGCAACUCCCGCCCAGCUCAAUAUUGGGAGGGGAUGCAGCAGCAUCAAGUUCGUCCACAAUGGGUGCGGGCGCCCCACCAGGAGGGCUGGCCCCCACGCCCCCUGUGGGCCCCUUUGAGCCGGCUCCCCCUCUGGUGCGCCGCCGCACCUACUCUGCUGCUGACGGCUCUGCAGAGGUCUCAGCGGCAGGCAUGGAGCAGAAUCGCACGUUCCUGCCCACACCGCCCCCGCGCAGAGGAGUGGGAGAACCAUCUGCUCCGCGCCACCGCUCAGCUGCUCUCACGGCUUCUCCCAUUAUCCCAUCCGCCGCUCCUCAGCAUUCUGCUCUCCUUUUCCCGCCCUCCGUCUCUCUUCCACACUCUCGUCCCCACCCUCUCCUCCCCGCCCUCUCCACUCCCCCCUCUUCCCCCAUCCGCCCUCUCUCCCCGCCCUCUCCCCCCGUGCCCAUGCCCCUGCGUGGGUGCAAGCAGGGGGAGGCGGCGCACGACAGCACCGGAGUACCUGUGUCCCUUCCACAGUACCCCUGUCCAUUCGCUCCUCCUAACGCACCUCACUUCUCCGCUUGCAUGCAUGGUUGGGUGCUUCCAGGAAGUACCUGUCUCUGCCACCUUCCACUGCCUCUGUCUCUGCCACCUUCCACUGCCUCUGUCUCUGCCACCUUCCACUGCCUCUGUCUCUGCCACCUUCCACUGCCUCUGUCUCUGCCACCUUCCACUGCCUCUGUCUCUGCCACCUUCCACUGCCUCUGUCUCUGCCACCUUCCACUGCCUCUGUCUCUGCCACCUUCCACUGCCUCUGUCUCUGCCACCUUCCACUGCCUCUGUCUCUGCCACCUUCCACUGCCUCUGUCUCUGCCACCUUCCACUGCCUCUGUCUCUGCCACCUUCCACUGCCUCUGUCUCUGCCACCUUCCACUGCCUCUGUCUCUGCCACCUUCCACUGCCUCUGUCUCUGCCACCUUCCACUGCCUCUGUCUCUGCCACCUUCCACUGCCUCUGUCUCUGCCACCUUCCACUGCCUCUGUCUCUGCCACCUUCCACUGCCUCUGUCUCUGCCACCUUCCACUGCCUCUGUCUCUGCCACCUUCCACUGCCUCUUUCUCUGCCUCUUUCUCUGCCUCUCCCCUGCGUCCUGCCCGUCCUCCUGCUAUGCCCAUGCGACCUAUCAGCGUGUCUCCACAGCAUCUCGCUGCACCACCUCCUGCAUCCUCGUCUCACCACAUCCCGUCCAAUAUCCCCUUUUCCAUGUAUUCUUUUCCAUGUCCUCAUCCACUCUUAUUGAACUCUCGUGUGUGUCCCACAUGCCACCAGCACUGGCCGCUCACCACAGCACAGCUCUCCCCUGCCGUCCCCGCCACUGCUGCCACCACCCCCUCCACCGCCACCACCCCCGCUGCCACCUCCGGCCCCACCGCUCCACCUGCUGCCGCUGCUGCUCCCUCACUCUCUCGUGACUCCAGUGGUGGGGGGCCGGGGCAGCUGGGAGGAGAAGAGCAGCGUGCAGGGGAGGGUGGGGGAGAGGAAGCAAGGGGGGUGAGGGCGGACGAGGGGGACGCUGGGGGUACAGGCGAGGGCGCUAGGGCUGGCGGGGAGGGUGGUGGGGAGGGCGGAAACAUGGGGGAGGGUCAAGGAAGAGAAGAGGCAGGGAGAGUGGAUGGGGAGGAAAGGAGGUGCAGAGGGGAGGGAAAAGAGGGUGGUGUGGAAGAUGGAAGUGGUGUGGAAAACGGUGGAGAAGGGAAAGGUGGGAAGGAAGUAGGUCGAGAGGAGAGAUGUGGGGAGGAAAGAAGUGGGGAGGAGAAGGCUGAAGAGGGGAGAGGGGGAGAGGAGGGAGCAACAGCGCAACAAGGUCUGGAUGGAGAAGGCUCUCAGAAGCAAGGAGCAGUGGGGAAGGAGGUAGGAGAUGGGGAGCAGUCGGGGACAGCAACAGAAGCACAAGGUGCGGGUGCGGGCGAGAGCAGUGGGAGUGUGCAGCGGCAGCGGGCGGGCAUGAGCCAUCGGUCGCAACCAUCCCUUGGCAAUGCCAGUGGCAGCUCAGGCUACGUCAGCCCUCUACAGUCCGCCUCCCCUCGCCCACAGCACCCCGCCUCGCCACCGCCACCCGCCUCCUCCCACCCGGCCUCUUUGCGGCGCCCCACGCCCCCCGGUGCUUCAGCGCCGGGCAGUGGAGCACUGUCAUCUGCACCGGGCAGCCAGCGCCAGGCCGCGCCCGCUGCUGCUGCACUGCCUGCUGCCCCCGCGGCACUGGUGCCAGCGCCACCCGUGGCAGUGCAGGCUGUGCUGGGCAGCGAGCAGUGGACCAUUGACUUUAAUGAGCUGCGCCUGGGCAUCCGAGUGGGCAUUGGGUCGUUUGGGGAGGUUUUCAGGGCGGUGUGGAGGGGAACGGAGGUGGCGGUGAAGCGGCUGUUGGUGCAGGACGACCCAUCACCGGAGGAGUACGAGGACUUCUACAACGAGGUCUCGUUGCUCAGUCGUCUGCGCCACCCCAAUGGUACUUCUCCUUCCCCUCCUCGCACAUAUCCACCUGUCUCGCUUCAUGCGCCUCUCUCCUCUGUAACCCCCCCUCCCCUUUUCUUCCCUUGCCCCGUCCCCCCUUCCCUCGUGUCGUGCAUUCAUCCUGCUGGUUGCACCGCGCCGCAGGUGUGCAUGGUGACGGAGUACAUGCACAUGGGGUCGCUCUACCGCAUCAUCCACUCCCGCGAACCAGGCCAGGGCGGCGAGUCGCUCAGCUGGAAGCGCCGCUACAAGAUGCUCCGGGAUAUCUGCAGGUGGGGGAGGGGAGAGGGGUGGGAAGGAGUGAAAUUGCCGUCUGCUACCAUCUGUUCCCCUCCACCUCUUCCUCUCACUCGUUUCUCUCUCCAUCUCUUUUCCGCCACCAGGGGCAUGCUGUGUGUGCAGCGCAUGAGCAUAGUGCACCGGGACCUCAAGUCCGCCAACUGCCUCGUGGACAAGCACUGGUGCGUCAAGAUCUGUGACUUCGGCCUCUCGCGCCUGGCGCCCGACGGCCUCGUGCUGGGGCGCACGGCAGCGGGCACGCCCGAGUGGAUGGCGCCGGAGCUUCUGCGCAACGAGCCGUGCUCCUUCAAGUGCGACGUGUUCAGCAUGGGCGUCAUCAUGUGGGAGCUCGUCACUCUGCGCCGCCCCUGGGAGGACGUCAAGAACCCACUCGAGGUGUGUGUGGGGGGAGGAGGGGAGGGUGGGGGGUUGGGAGGGGGAUAG